AACCUCGAGAACCUUCUCUUUUCUUUAUUCUUUGCUGCUUUGCUAGAGAAACUAAGGAGAGAGAGAGAGAGAGAUGAAGGAUUGGGGUCUGGUUUUGUUUGUUUUUCUUUUGUUUCAACAAGGAACUUUUAUGCAUGUCAAAGCUGAUGAUGGAUUUGUGAAAACUAAAGGAGUGCAACUGAUGUUGAAUGGAAGUCCUUUCUAUGCAAAUGGCUUCAAUGCUUAUUGGCUCAUGUUCAUGGCCGCCGAUUCAUCUCAGAGAAACAAAGUCUCAUCUGCAUUUGAACAAGCUAAAAAGCACUGUCUCACCAUAGCCAGAACUUGGGCUUUCGGUGAUGGUGGAGACAGACCUCUUCAGUACUCACCUGGAUCCUACAAUGAACAAAUGUUCCAGGGAUUGGAUUUUGUUGUAUCUGAGGCUAAGAGAUAUGGGAUUAAGUUAGUUUUAAGCUUUGCGAAUAACUAUGAUCAAUUUGGAGGGAAAAAACAGUAUCUGAACUGGGCAAGAAAUCAAGGGCAAUCCAUUGGCUCGGAUGAUGAAUUCUUUACAAAUUAUGUUGUUAAAGGAUACUACAAGAACCAUAUCAAGACUGUUCUUACGAGACGUAACACCCUGACUGGAGUUGCUUACAAAGAUGAACCAGCUAUAAUGGCGUGGGAGCUUAUGAAUGAGCCCAGGUGCCUCUCGGAUCCAUCGGGAAAAACCAUGCAGGCCUGGAUUACAGAGAUGGCUUCUCAUGUGAAAUCCAUUGAUGGAAAUCACUUACUAGAAGCUGGUUUGGAAGGGUUUUAUGGACCAUCAUCGUCUCAAAAACAGCAAUAUAACCCUAACUUUCAAGUGGGAACUGAUUUCAUAGCAAACAAUCAGAUCCCUGGCAUUGAUUUUGCAACAGUUCACUCUUAUCCUGAUCAAUGGUUGCAAAGCUCAAAUGAUGAGAGCCAGAUUGCCUUCUUGAAUAAUUGGUUGUACAAUCACAUCCAAGAUGCGCAGAACAUCCUUCAGAAACCAUUGCUUUUUGCCGAGUUCGGAAAAUCUCUAAAAAUUGCGGGUCCUAACCAAAGAGACGAGCUGUUCAACACUGUGUACACAGCUAUUUACUCAUCGGCCAGGGGCGGAGGUGCAGCUGUCGGUGGGUUAUUCUGGCAACUUCUAGCUGAAGGAAUGGGCUCUUAUGGAGAUGGGUACGAGGUAAUCCUGAGCCAAAGCACCUCAACUGUAAACCUCAUUACUCAAGAAUCUCAGAAACUUAAUCAUAUUCGGAAGAUGUAUGUGAGGUUGAAGGACAUGGAGAAAUGGAACAAAGCAAGGGACAUCAGAAGAGCACAAUGGUGGUCUGGAAAUGGUGUCAGUAACACAGGAGGACAUUGAGAAAGAAGAUAUAUUAUUAUAAAUAGUUUAAGUGUUGAAGAGAAAGUAACAAGUUGAUUUAAUGCUAGUUUUUUAUAUAGGGUUUAUAACGAGGUGAAUGCUCUUCUAGAAAUGAACUGUGAGCUAAAGUUUUAAUACAUCAUGUGAUUAUGAUGAACCAGCUUAUUUUGUGCUGUAUGCUUGAGUUUGUGCUACUGAAUGAAUCCAAGAAGUGAUAAUUAUAAAU